CACAGGGUUCGAGCGCUUAUUGAGUCAAGUGCGAGUCCAACAGAGAGAACGAAUGCGAGCAGUUGAGUGGGAUGCGAGGAAGCAAUAAAACAGAACAUUGGAAGAAUAUUAGGAUUCAAAGACAAAAAGUUUCAAAAUGAACGUUGUGAGACAAUGAAACGGGCUGCAUAAAGGAAUUCGUAGAGAGAGGACAGACCAUUAAGGAUGUGUUUUAUUUUGUAUUUUGGAAAGGAUGUCAACGUUGUUUUUCAAGUAGCUAACAACAUUGCCAUUCAAAAGGAAAUGCAUCAGAAGGAGGCAACGCUGAUAUCUCCAAGGGGUCCUUAGACCUGAGGCUGUUGUCCUCCUGCCCCUCUGCCCACAGCCUCCUACCAAGCUGGUCUCUUUUAAUGGUUGGCACUGGCCACCGCGGCCCUGAUUACUGCCCACACAGACACAGCCUGAUGAUCACUGGUGCCAUGGGAGCGGUGCGAGUCAACAGAUACAGCAUCGUAGCCACCGAUGAAGACCACUUCAAGAUCUCCACCCUGGGCCUCCACAAUGGCCAUGGAGGAGGAGGCGGCAGCUCGCUAGCCCUGCGAGCAACAGAGUCUGUCCACAACGGCCGCCAGAUCUCCACGACGGGGCCCAACCAUGUCCGGAGCCGCUUCGUGAAGAAGAACGGCCAGUGCAACGUGGUUUUCCACAACAUGGAAGACAAGACGAAACACUAUCUGGCCGACAUAUUUACCACCUGCGUGGACAUCCGCUGGCGUUACAUGCUGCUCCUCUUCACCUCUACCUUCCUGCUCUCCUGGUUCCUCUUCGGGGUGGUCUUCUGGGGAGUGGCCCUGGCCCAUGGGGACUUCGACCUUCGACCCGGCCUGGGAGAGGGGCCUCUGGCCGGCUUGGAGGGAGGAGGGGUGGAGUGGAAGCCCUGCAUCCUACACGUCCAAGGCUUCGUAGGGGCGUUUCUCUUCUCCAUAGAGACCCAGACCACCAUUGGGUAUGGGUUCCGCUGCGUCACCGAGGAGUGUCCGGCGGCGGUGGCUACGGUGGUGGUCCAGUCCAUUGUGGGCUGUAUCAUCGACUCCUUCAUGAUCGGAACCAUCAUGGCCAAAAUGGUUCGACCUAAGAAGCGGGCGCAGACCUUGCUGUUCUCGCACCACGCGGUAAUCUCCAUGCGGGACGGGAAGCUGUGCCUGAUGUUUCGCCUGGGGAACAUGAGGAAAAGCCACAUCGUGGAGGCUCACGUCCGGGCGCAGCUCAUCCGGCCGCACGUCACCGCCGAAGGCGAGUCUCCCAUGGAGCAGACGGACAUCGACGUGGGCUACGACGAGGGCCUGGACCGCCUCUUCCUGGUGUCUCCACUGGUCGUGGUCCACGAGAUCAACGAGAACAGCCCGCUGUACUGCAUGAGCAGCGCCGACCUGACGACAGAGGACUUUGAGAUCGUGGUGAUACUGGAGGGGAUGGUGGAGGCCACGGCCAUGACCACCCAGGCCCGCUCCUCCUACCUGGCCAGGGAGAUCCUGUGGGGCCACCGCUUCGAGCCUGUGGUCUUCGAGAAGGAGCACCGCUACCAGGUAGACUACUCCCGCUUCCACAAGACCUACGAGGUGCCAGCUACUCCGCACUGCAGCGCCAGGGAGCUCCAGGAGAUGACGGGCCGAUCCCGCUCCCCCUCGUCUGCCUCCGGCUCUAGUUCUACCCGGUCAGUGUCCCCUCUCGAUCCCAAGUCCUCUGGCCUCCACCUCUUGCCUCCACACUCCCCCAGCGCCUUCUGCUACGAGAACGAGGUGGCCCUGUGCUGCGGGGAGGAGGAGGGGGAGGAGGUAGGGGAGAUGGGUGUGAUGCUGGGGGGGAGGGACGACGGGGAGGGGGAGGAGAGGGAUGUACAACUAGACAUCUUCCAGGAGAGAUUUCAGGACCAGGUAGCGGUGGACAUGAACAUGCUGUGUGUGCUGGACAUGGACAAUCAGAUUGACAGGCUGCAGCCGGCUAUAGCUCUUGAUGCGCUGGGCUUCAGGAGGGAAUCAGGAGUGUAG